UAAUGCUGCUUACUUAGUACUAAUCCUCUUCUUCUUCUUUUUUUCGUCUUCUUUUUCUACUCUCCGAAACCCCUAACCAGAAAGCCAAACCAAACCAAACAAAAAAAAAAAAAAACGCAAGUUUCAGAGAGAAAGAGAGAGAGGGAGAGAGAGCGCUCUUCGGCAUUUCCGCCAAAAAUAUAUUACAAUUAUUGUUAUUAUAAAAAAAUAUUUGUAUAAAAAGUUAAAGGGUCGGCUUUAGAUUUGGAGGAGCUUCCGCCAAUUAUGGCAGACAAACAACAAUAGUCAGCUCUUGUGUUGUUUGCUUAAGAGUUUCGGAAUUUGAUCUGGUUUGUUUGAGUUUUUGUGGGAAAAGGGGAAGUGGGUUAUGCUUGAACUGGAUAUUGAAGCAUUUUCUGAGGUGGGUUUUUUGUGAUAUUGAGUAUUGAUCGUAUAUAUAAAUAUAUACACAUAUAUUUAUAAGAGUCGGUGACUCGGUAUUGGUGUUGGAGUAAGCUGAAAUGGGUGACACUGAAGAAGCUCAUAGUGAAAGGAUUCAGAGGCUUCAAUCUUCAUUCGGAACUUCGUCUUCUUCAAUUAUGAAACAACCUUUAGCCGUAGAACAACUCAACAUACCUCAAUUAAACCCUUCACAGUUUCGUUCUCGGCAUUUCUCUCAAAGCUUUAAUGGUGGCGAUAGUGGUAAGAGAGUGGGUAUACCACCCUCGCAUCCUCACCAGAUCCCACCCAUUUCACCGUAUUCUCAGAUCCCAGUCUCCCGUCCGGCCAACCAGCAAAUGGGUUCUCAGAAUUUCAACCCGGGACCCACCCAUUCUCGAUCUUUAUCUCAGCCAGCUUUUUUCUCUCUCGAUUCGCUCCCUCCGCUGAGCCCUUCGCCGUUCCGGGACUCGCCGUCGACUUCGAUAUCGGACCAGUUAUCGGCCGACGUGGCCAUGGAGGACAGGGACGCCAAUUCCCACUCGCUAUUGCCGCCGUCUUCGCCGUUCGCCAAAGGCAAUUCGCCGAGGGUUGGGGAGAGCUUGCCUCCCCGGAAAGCUCACCGGCGGUCGAGCAGCGAUAUCCCAUUUGGGUUUUCAUCGCCCCCUUUCACUCCGUUGGGGGUUUCCAGUGGUUUUGAUCGGUCCAUGUCGAGCCGGGAGAGCUCCGGGUUUGCAAUGAAGCAGCCGAUUCAGUUGGUGAAGAAGGAAAUGAGUUGGGAAAGAGGUGGUGAAAGCAAUGCCGAAGGAAUGGGAGAGAGGAAAUCUGAGGGUGAAGUGGUUGAUGACUUAUUUUCGGCUUAUAUGAACUUGGAAAGUAUUGAUGCCUUGAAUUCUUCUGGUACUGAUGAGAAGAAUGGGACCGAGAAUCGCGAAGAUAGCAGAGCGAGCGGGACGAAGACUAAUGGUGGCGAUAGCAGCGAUAACGAAGCCGAAAGCAGCGUAAAUGAGAGAACUGGAUUAUGUUCUAUGACUGAUCAUAGGAGAGAAGGGAACAAAAGGAGUGCUGGUGGAGAUAUUGCUCCAACCUCGAGGCAUUACAGGAGUGUUUCAAUGGAUAGUUUCAUGGAGAAGUUGAACUUUGGGGAGGAAUCCCCGAAAGUGGAACUUUCGUCAGGAAAUCGCACCGCACAACAUUCCCCGAGCGACUCCAUGGAUGGAAACUCCAAUGCUUUCAGCUUGGAGUUUGGUAAUGGUGAGUUUAGUGGGGCUGAGCUGAAGAAAAUCAUGGCUAAUGAUAAACUUGCUGAGAUUGCAUUGACCGAUCCAAAGCGGGCGAAAAGGAUUUUGGCUAAUCGCCAAUCGGCUGCUCGUUCGAAAGAAAGGAAGAUGAGAUACAUUUCGGAGUUGGAGCACAAAGUUCAGACUCUACAAACAGAAGCUACCACAUUGUCUGCACAACUUACGUUGCUGCAGAGAGAUUCUGUUGGGCUCACUAACCAGAAUAAUGAGUUGAAGUUUCGUCUUCAAGCUAUGGAACAACAGGCACAACUCCGAGAUGCUCUCAACGAAGCCCUAACAGCAGAGGUUCAACGAUUGAAGAUCGCUACAGCUGAGCUGGGCGGGGAUUCUCUCACUUCUAAGUGCAUGGUCUCGCAGCUCACGAUGAACCCCCAGAUGUACCAACUGCAGCAGCAGCAGCAACAACAGCAACAGCAGGCUCAUUCUAAUCAAUUCAACAACCAGCACCAGCAACAUCAACAGCAAGCCUCGCCGCAGUCUCAGAAUGGCAACGGAAACUCAAAAACCGAGUCAAAUUAGUAGCUUAUAAUAUCCUUUAAGGAUUUUUCAAAGGAAAAAAAAAAAACUUCAUCGUAUUCAUUUGGUUGGCGUUUCUUAAUCGAGUCAGUGUUAGUACUUAAGUGCAUUUAUUCAUUAGUUCUUUUGUCUACAACAACAAACCAAGAAGAAAAACAAAAGUGUUGAAGGUGUGUUGUUUUUAAACUAAAAACUCAACCUGCAUUCAAUGUCCAGCUCGGGCACUUUGUCUUGAAGUCGUCUUAGUCCUCCCUUGCUAUACAAGUUAAAUUCGUGUUUUGUAAUGUUUUAAUGUUCUUUUUCCUUUGUUAUUAUUAUCAUUAUUUAUUUUUGGGUA